UCCCGAUUGAUACGCUCCAAUGCUGCGGAGGCUCGUGAAUGUGGGAUGCUAUGUCCACCAAUUGUUCGACCUCCAGUUAACGUUCUGUUUUGCCUUCCCAUUGAUGUCGACUUGCAUGCAAUCGUUAUUAAGCCGUACAUCGGACGGCACAGAGUGACUGGUAUGAAGAUAUUCUUGCUGAGCGAUGCGCCAAACGAUGAUAAUCCGACAAAUGCUGUUGUUGAUCGAUUAUUACGUGAUUGGAAACAUUUUCGGCCCUUGGCCUCGGUCAAUUUGGAAAGCUAUCCGGCCCGAACAGUGGUCAUUGUGCGUUUACGUUCCGAAGCAGCGAUCCCUGCUGCUUCUUGUUCGCACUCGGCCAUGUGUUUAUACGAGAUAAAUAUCCCCGUGUACUCAAACGAUACUCCAUCGUCCGAACGCCUUUCACCCACUGUUACCAAUGGCUCCAGCAUAGUGGCACCGGAGCAAUUUGUGGACUUUCUUACUGGGGAACUAAUGCAAGAACCUAUCCGACUUCCUUCGGGUAACUACGUCGACCGGUCCAGUCUGAUUCAAUUCUGGAAUGAGCGGAAAGCUAGUAACGCUAGAUCUGCACCAGUUGAUCCGUUCACCAUGAUGCCGCUGGAUGAAACAAGAUUGACAUGUGACGUUCGAUUGAAGGCCACCAUUGAGGACUACAUCCGACGAUGGAAACGAAUGGAUCAGUUGUGUACAGAAUUAGAUCGCGACGAGCCAGCCAUACCCUUGCCUCAUACACUGUCGACAAAGGAUUACGGCUCAGAAGAAGACAGUAGUGAUGAAGGAAACAGAAUUUUGGAAAGGUAUCCGCAUUUGACCGAAUCCCAUCACCAGUAA